AUGCUCCUCCUCGGCCUCACAGGCUCCAUCGCAACCGGCAAAUCCACCGUAUCCUCCCUCCUCUCCAAACCGCCCUAUUCCCUCCCCAUCAUCGACGCCGACCUAAUCGCGCGCCAAGUCGUCGAGCCCGGCACCGCAGGCUACAAUGCCAUUGUGCAGUACUUCUCGCCCAGCACUCCCGACCUACUCCUCCCCGAUGCGACUCCCAAAGGGCGGCCCUUAAACCGGCCCGCGCUGGGCCGCCGCGUCUUCGGCUCGGGCGAAGAGAAAGAGCGCGAUAGGAAGAAGCUGAAUAGCAUCGUGCACCCCGCCGUGCGCAAGGAAAUGUACAGACAAAUGGUUUGGGCGUAUUUAAGAGGCAACUGGGCGGUUGUGCUGGAUGUCCCGCUGCUGUUUGAGAGCGGGUGGGAGCGAUAUUGCGGGACGAUACUAGUCGUCGGCGUCACGGAUCCGAGUAUACAGAUCGCGCGGCUGCGAGCGCGCGAUGCGCAUCUCACGGAGGAGGAUGCGCGGAAUCGCGUGAUGAGUCAGGGGGAUGUGAGGGAGAAGGCAGAGCGGUGUUUGAGGCGUGGGGAGGGGAGGGGUGUGGUGGUGUGGAAUGAUCAUGAUAGAGGGUAUCUGGAGAAGGAGGUGCAGAGGGUCAUGCAGGAUGUGCGGAGCAGGAGUCCGAGGUGGUGGACGUUGGCGUGUUGGGUUGUGCCGCCGCUGGGAGCGCUGGCGGGGUUGUGGAGUUGGUAUCGCAUGAGGAAGGUGCAGCUACAGUGGGAAGAGGAGAAGAAGAGGGCGAAGGCGAAGCUAUGAGAGUACGCUGCACGAUGCGAGCUUGUGUCCGGCUACGAGGCUAAGUGAUCAACUAUGUUUGACAUAUCUCAAAGCUGUCGCAAGUGUUCGUGCUGAGUGUUUGUGUGCGCAGAGAUAUCCUAGCAAUUGGCAGCACGGAUACUGUGUCACGAUGA